AUGCAAAUCCCUUCGUGCAUCGCCGUCAUCGUAGUAGCAUUUUUUGGAGUUGCCUUUGCAGGAUAUCUUCCGCAUGGUCAUGCCUCGAGUUAUGCUUCGAUAGUGCAACAUAAUAUUCAUGACCAUGUUAGUCACGACGCUUAUGCACCAUAUGCUGGUCACGGCCAUGGUUACGAUCAGCACGAUCAUCACUACGAACACCAUGAACCACAUCAUUAUCCUAAAUACGCAUACGAUUAUGGUGUAAAGGACGCACACACCGGCGAUCACAAGAGUCAAUGGGAGCAUCGUGAUGGUGAUCAUGUCAAGGGUGGCUAUACUCUGGCAGAAGCUGAUGGUACUACGCGCGUUGUAGAAUAUACGGCUGACGAUCACAAUGGCUUCAACGCUGUUGUAAAACGCAUCGGGCAUGCUCAACAUCCACAGGUCUCACACCAUGGAAACAGUUACGGUUAUGCUCACGGACAUUUUUCUGGUAGUUAUGUAUGA